AUGUCGCUCUCUUGGCAUCCGAGCACAACAUCCAACAAUGCCGCCAACGAUGGACCGUUGCACCGUCGCUCGGUGAUCUCUCGCCUGCACUGCAGUGGAACACGGCCCACUGCGACGCGCACCUGCAUGGCUAUCGACGCAUGCUUUGGUUCCUACUACGCGACCUUUCUCGCCUCUGUUGCUCGCCGUGCCCUGCAUACCCAUUCUUGGAUACCAGAGAAAUCGGGACACCGGAUACUCAUCAUGGCCCGCCAAUUUCUCAAGGUCGUUGCCGCUGCGGCCCUCAUUUUCGGCGCAUCGGCCAUUGAACGCGAACCGCACCAGCCCACCGGAGGCGGCGAUCGCAUCGUCACUUGGAACGAGACGGUCGCUUCCCCCCGAUUUGGCGCCAGCUCGCGAUCUGUCAGCUGGCUCUCGGGCGUUGAAGAUGGCCGCUUCAUCUAUCUUUCCAACAAUGCACUCGUGAUCGAGGACAUCGUCACCGGCGCAAACGAGACGUUUGUGCCCGCAGACAAGAUCCCCGCCGAUUACGCCGAGUACUGGAUCCGACCGGAUCUGAAAAAGGUCCUCUUUGCCACCAACUACACCAAGCAGUACCGCUACUCGUACUUUGCCGACUACUCCAUUCUUGACGUCGAAUCUGGCGUUGUUGAGCCGCUCGUGGAUGGUCAAGCUGGAGACAUUCAAUAUGCCGAGUUUGCGCCCGUGGGAGAUGCAAUUGCCUUCGUUCGCGGUAACAACCUCUUCCUGAGCAAGAACGGAACCAUUUCCCAAAUCACCAACGACGGCGGACCGGAUCUAUUCCACGGUGUUCCCGACUGGGUCUACGAAGAAGAAAUCUUUGGCAGCAGAAGCACCUUCUGGUUCUCCCCCGAUGGAGAGUACAUUGCCUACCUCAGCUUCAACGAAACGGGUGUUGAGACCUUCACCAUCCCCUACUUCAUGGGCGGCGAGAAGAUUGCACCCCCGUAUCCUGUCGAGUUGGACCUGCGUUACCCCAAGGUCGGCAGCAAGAACCCAACCGUGGCACUGACGCUGCUGGAUGUCGAGACUGAGGAGGCCACUCCCGUUGAGAUUGAUGCAUUCCCCGCCGACGACCUAGUUGUUGGUGAGGUCAAGUGGUUGACCGCCAAUCAUGCCAGCUUCGCCUACCGAGCCUUCAACCGUGUCCAGGACCUGGAGAAGCUCGUCCGCGUCGAUGUCGAGGGCUAUGCUUCCGAGGUCAUUCGAGAGCGCGAUGGUUCCGAUGGAUGGCUGGACAACAACCAGGGCAUUGAGUACAUUGGUCCCCUGCAGAACGCUACGAGAAACUCCACCGACGCCUACUUCUUGGACCUGUCCGACGAGUCUGGUUGGAACCACAUCUACCUCUACUCGGUCAAUGGCGGCAGCCCUAUUGCUCUGACCAGUGGCGAGUGGGAAGUAACCUCGGUACUCAAGGUCGACACUGAGCGUCAUCUCGUCUACUACCUGUCCACUGAGCACCACAGCACCGAGAGGCAUCUCUACUCCGUAUCCUACCCUUCCGGCGUCAAGACGGCCCUCGUCGACGACACUGUCGCGGGAUAUUGGAGCGCCUCGUUCUCGUCCUCGGCCGGAUACUACAUCCUGUCCUACCAGGGUCCCAACGUCCCCUACCAGGAACUCUACGCCACUAACUCAACCACACCGGUCCGCACCAUCACCAGCAACGAGGCUCUCGUCACUCGCCUCCAAGAAUACAAGCUCCCCAACAUCACCUACUUCGAGCUUGCCCACCCCGACGGCUACACCCUCAACGUGAUGCAGCGCCUCCCCGCCAACUUUGACCCAUCCAAGAAGUAUCCCGCCCUCUUCACCCCCUACGGCGGCCCCGGCGCACAAGAAGUCACAAAGCGCUACCAGUCCAUCACCUGGCGCGCCUUCAUCGCCUCCAACCCGGAACUCGAGUACAUCACCUAUACGGUAGACAACCGCGGCACAGGCUACAAAGGCCGCGCCUUCCGCUCCACCGUGGCCGGCCACCUCGGCCGCCUGGAGCCCCUCGACCAGAUCUGGGCCGCCGAACAACUCUCCUCGCAAAACGCCUUUGUCGACGCCGCAAAAAUUGGCAUCUUUGGCUGGUCGUACGGCGGAUACCUCUCCGCCAAGGUUCUCGAAGCCAACUCGGGCGUCUUCUCAUCCGGCCUCAUCGUCGCGCCCGUCAGCGACUGGCGCUUCUACGACUCGCUGUACACGGAGCGCUACAUGAAGACGCUCGAUGCCAAUGAGGAGGGGUACAACGAGACGGCCGUCCGCAAUCCCGAGGGGUUCAAGAAUCUGGCGGGCGAGUUUACCAUCCUCCACGGCACGGGCGACGAUAACGUGCACUACCAGAACGCUGCAGCGCUCAUUGAUCUGCUCGUCGGUGCCGGGGUGCCCGUGUCCAAGAUGAAAUGGCUGAGCUUCACGGAUAGCGACCACAGUAUCGCGUACAACGGUGCCAAUAUUUGGUUGUACAAGUAUCUGACGGAGGCGCUGUUCAGGGAGAAGAGACGGUCUGGAGACCCGCUGGUUCACCAGUGGAGUAAGAAGAGCUUGCCCGAGACAUUUGACUUUGAGAGAUCUUAG